AGUUCAAUGGCUCAUUGGCCAUGGACCAUCCUUCUCUUGGCCAUCAGCGGUUUCUGCAACUUUGCCCAGAAUGUCAUCGCCUUCAGCAUCCUGAACCUUAUCAGCCCUUUGAGUUAUUCUGUUGCAAAUGCCACAAAAAGGAUCACAGUCAUUAGUGUCUCCCUGAUCAUGCUUCGCAACCCUGUUACCUCCACCAAUGUUCUGGGCAUGAUGACUGCUAUCCUGGGAGUGUUUUUGUACAACAAGACCAAAUACGAUGCAAACCAGGAAGCAAAAAAGCAGCUCCUUCCUAUCACGACAGGAGAUCUAACAAACCUGGAUCGGCGCUGGAGUACCCCGGAAAAGUCUCAGAAUGGACUUGCCUCCUUUGCACAUCACGGAGAUUUCCAGUAUAGUAGCAGCAGAGGCAAUGUCCUCGCAGAUCACUUCCAGUAUUCCCGGCAGAACUACCCAACGCUCUAUAGCUCCAGUCGCUAUGAUAUUUAGCGAGGGCGUAUACAUUGCUAAAACAAUGUGAACUCUUCACAUGGAGUUUUCCCCUUCCACUUGUGUGACUGUUUAGUCUCAAGGAAUAGCCGGGGUCUGUGCAUUUGUCCCAUGGAGGGAGAAAUGCUAUAGAAGAGGAUACUGCAUGCCAAGCAAUAGUUGCUAGUGGAAGAAACCACUGGGGUGGGUUUCAUCAGGUAAAUUGUGGCCAUGCAAAAGCCCCAGUUCUGUAGCCUCUGAGCCUCUGUGGUCGCCAGAUGCCCCUGAACAUGUUGAUUGUCCACGGUAGCACAAGCGUGGCCAGUUUUCCUUCUUUUCACUCCUGGUUUCAGAUCUUUUUGAGUUUGCAUUCUGCCUUACUUUUGCCAUUCAUUUCCAGUUAUUUUCAAAAAUGGAAAAAAAAACCCAACUCUUUUUCUCCAACCCUCUUUUUUUUGUGGAAAAGAGGAGAAGGUUUGUUGUAUUCUAUAAUGAAGGUAGCUUUGCUGCUCAUUGGCUGCCUUCGUUUGCAGCAUUACGAGGGGGGGUUGCCAAAAAUGAAGAAGAAUGGGGAGCAGUUUCCAGUCUCUGGUGAAAGAAUGAAUGAAUUUAUUCUUUUAAAAAAAUCAUGUAAUAGCAGGAGUUUGCUGCUGGCACUGUGUAGCAAGUAUGGCUCUGAAAUCCUCCCUCUCCUGCUCCUGUUUUAAUCAUGGUCUCAAAGCUUUUUUUUGUUUGGGUUUUUUUCCCCCCUUCAUACAAAAAGGUGAAGCAAAGAGAUCCGUGUAGCAUACAAUUUGCUCCAUAGGGCAAAGUUUCAUAAUAAUAUCAUGCAGCUUCAGGAAUUAUUUUCUGAGGGCUCUGGUCUCCUAGUUUACAAGGAUCAUUAAAAAAAAAUACCACUAUGAGUAUUGGUCUGUCCUGAUGUCAGAUUUGGGCAUAAUUUGUGUACUGGAUUGUUUAUGUUGUCUCUUUGAAAUAAUCUUCAUACUUUCUUUCCUGCUGUGGAUGACAUUUGCUUUUUGCUUCUUAAGAAUUCUUUUCCUGGGUACUGAAACUGGAGCAACUAGUUCUUUCUCAUGCACUAUGAUUAGCUGAGAUCUUCAGCAAAAGUCUCUGACGUGUCCACUGUGCUCUUAAGGGUUUGUAAUCAUGUUUCUGGAUUGCCCAGGUAAGACAGAAGCCCUUAGUUGAUACAAAAAAAGCAAGUCUUAGACAGGAGCCAAAUACCUUGGUCUAUUUGUUUUUAAAAUUUGACUGGACCCUGCUGAUGGUGGGAAGGCAAAAUAUACACACCCACUUUAGGGUGUCCCAUUUGAUUUUCUUAAAACUGCUCUCUCCUUGAGCAAAGGGAAGCUAAAGACGUGGGUUCUCUAACCUGGGUGUGGAAAAGAAAAUGCUCGGGAUGAAAGGGAGCCACCCAUGCUGUAUGCAAUUGGAAAAGAAGGUUUGCUUUCUGUAAUAAGGCCCCUCAUGAAGGCUGCAAUAUGGGGAGAUUGCACGGGUUGGUAAGGGGGGGGGGGUUACUUUGGCCUUGUUCUGUUCCCAGAGGAUUUCAAAAGGUUUAGGAUAACUGUGCCAAGAGGACACUAUUUUCCUUCCAAGUUAUUUAGGCUUCAUCUCUUCUGCCUUCUUCCUAGAGCAGAAAAACAGGAAUGUCUCUCUACCAACGUCCCUCUCUUUUUAUAAUACUAAAACAGAUGGCAAACAGAAUAAAGUGGGAAAGCACUUUUUUCUUUUUAAGAUGUGUGCUGUGGAAGAAAAAAAUGACAAGACUUGGACUUAUGCCUGGCCACUAAAUGGAAACAAAAUGAAAAUUACUUCUGUACAGUUUGAGCAGGAGACCAGAGUCAAAAAUGGGGGAACAUAGAUUUAUAAAACAAAAAUAGCUCAUUCAUUUUUGAGAAGGACAGAAGGUCCCAAUAUUUAAAAGUGGACAUUAUUCUUACAUGUGUGUGAAGUAAUUUCCGUACUAAAAGUGUGUUUGUCCAAAGAGAGUGAGCCUACUUUGUGAGAUUUUUUAUAAAUGUAGGUGAAAUAAAUGUCAUUUGAGAUCUCGCCCAGUUUAAGACCAGUAAAGAGCAGGUUCCUAUGUUGCAAUAAUUCAGUUGGGAACAUAAAUCUGCCACCUACUAUUGAUUAAACAUUCCAGUCUCAUUGAUGGUUUAAUGAUGCAAAGCUGAUAACAAUUUUGAUUUUUUUUAGAGUCCAGAAUACAAUAUAAAACAGUAAGAGCCAGUAAGUUAUAGUAUGUUAUCACAUAUCUUCCCUUUGUAUCCUUUCACACUGUCAGUUUGGACAGAGAUUUAUUUUCUCUUCCUUCUGCCUAGAUUCUCUGAAGCAGUGAGAGACAUUGGGAAUCUUGUUUUAGUAACAGGAUGCUGAUUGUAAUUGGUGUAGUCCUAAUGUACUAUUUUAGUUUUGAGCAGUUGUAGCCCAAUUAGAGCCAAAAUAAGGGGAGCAGCAUGAGGUAUGACUUUGCCCUAUAUGUGAUGAGAGCAUAUGCAUUAGAUUCACCCCCCAAAAACAUGUUCCCUGUGAAUUUCACAUAUAUGUGAAGUUCAACAUUUGGAGUAUUGUGUUUAUUCUUGGCCUGCUUGAUAUACUAAUUUUAGGUGUCCCAUCUACUCUCAUACUUAUUUGUCUUGGGAGGGGGUGAGUGGUAGGAUAACAGUGCAUGUAUGUAUGUGUGUAUGCUUGGGGGAGGGGUGCACGUGCACUUGUAUAUAUGUAAUUGGAAAUCCCGGUGGGUACUUGGCUUUGAAUGUGUUGUAAAAUUUCCGUAAUUCCCCCAAAGCAAAACAAUCAACUAGAACAAAGAGCUAGCUUGUAAAAGUUGUAAAAAUUGGCUUUUAGAUCUAAGAUUCAACAAGCAACUUGAAUAAGUAACAUAAACGUAAAUAAGUAAAAAUUUGUCUCUCACUAAAAGGGACAUUUUUGGUGCUGGGGAAAUUCAUGUUAAGAACUAUUUACAUAUGUCCUUGCCUUUUUUUUUAAUGUACAUCCCUGGAUAGCCAAAUGAAGGUCUUGGAUGGUGGCUUCUGAAACCUGCAGAAGUCAAAGUGGACUGACAAAAUUUGUAAACACCAAAGGAUACUAGAAACUAGCGAUGAGCAGGGCAUACCAGGUUAGCUCAGUCUGGUGUCUUCCAAACUUGUUAGAUGUUACUUCACAUAAUCCCAGCCAACAUGGCCAAAUUCCAAUGAUAACUAGAAAUUAUGAGAAUUGAAGAAAAAACGAUUGGAGAAAGCUACGCUAUAGAGUUCAAGAAUAUUUGAAUUUAGUAAAGGACAAAUUCCUUAAAUUUUUUGAAGAUUCUUCCUUUUCAAUUACUUUUAGAACCGUAAUGCAAAGAGUUACUAGGAGCAUGAAGAACAACAAAAGAACUAGAGCAGAAUCAACACAUCCUGGUCAUGCCCUCUAGUAUCUUGCUGGAAUAUCUUUUUGCUGAAACAUUUCCUUUGUAUGAAUACAAAUGUUAGGUUCAAGCUGCAUAUUAGGCAGCAUGGCAAGUUGGUUUGCUGUUUUCUGUGUCUUAAAACAUUUCUAAGCCUCCUCUGCCAUGGGAGGAACUUUUUUCAAAAAGUUAAGUCAUUUAUGAAUUGGGGUAGCUUGGGAAAGGGUGCGUGGAGCCUCCCUGAGCCAGCUUCAGCUUUUGAGUCUGAAUAAUUUGGAAGUCUGUUCUUUUCAAACUGGCAAGAUGGGCCUGCCUGUUUCCAAAUAAAUGUUUAGGUUUGUGUAGUUAGUCACUUGCCUCUCAGAGGGGCAAUCUCGGUGGUUUGUAUAUGGCAUUGACAAUGUCUGAAAAAGGAAUAUUUAAUGGAGUUGAUAGGUGUGGAUGUAUAUAUUAUAAAUAAAUGCAGUCACUCCUGUCCUAAAGUAAGGUGAACUUUUUUCAGGUUUUAUUUGAAGUGUACAGGAACCAUGAUUUUUUUAGUCCGCACAUUUAAAAAAUUGGAUAAAACAAAGUGUGUUGUAAUUAUGCUUUUUAAAUUUGAAUAUGUAAAUAAAGCUGAAUUCUGCAAAGUUGAAA